GUCAGCAAUAUAGGUUGCCCCCGGACAGCCAGCCAAUCAGGAGCGCGGUAGCAUCUUGCCCUCGCUCUAAGGCAGCUAGCGGUCGGAAUUUGAGGGAGUUAGCGGUGCCCCCUAUCUCUGGCAGCAGGCGGUGGUUUAAAGAAGGUGGCGGGAAGCCGGUGUUUGGUCGAAUUCGUCACUCUCAUGGUCGCUUGGAUUUUUCACAUUCAAAAUAAACAAAGCAAAAUAAGCCAAGAUGUCUGUUGAUCCGAUGACCUAUGAGGCCCAGUUCUUUGGCUUCACACCGCAAACUUGCAUGCUUAGGAUCUACAUUGCAUUUCAAGACUACCUAUUUGAAGUGAUGCAGGCUGUUGAACAGGUUAUUCUGAAGAAGCUGGAUGGCAUCCCAGACUGUGCGAUUAGCCCAGUCCAGAUUCGUAAGUGCACGGAAAAGUUUCUUUGCUUCAUGAAAGGACGUUUUGAUAACCUUUUUGGCAAAAUGGAGCAGCUGUUUUUACAGUUGAUCUUGCGUAUUCCCCCAAACGUCUUGCUUCCGGAAGAUAAACCUCAGCAGACGCAUCCUUAUAGUGAGGAAGAAUUCCAGCUUCUCCAAAAAGAAAUUGAACAGUUACAGGAGAAGUAUAAGACUGAAUUAUGCACUAAGCAGGCCCUUCUUGCAGAAUUAGAAGAGCAAAAAAUUGUUCAGGCCAAACUCAAACAGACGUUGUCUUUGUUUGAUGAGCUUGAAAAUGUUGGCAGAGAGCACGGGACUAGUGAUUUUAGGGAGAGCUUGCUGUUCCUGGUUCAGAACUCCAGAAAACUACACAAUAUUAUAGACAAUGUGGAAAAGGAAGGCAAAAGACUGAAAAUAUCUUAAUGUCUAAAUAAUAAAAGGAGUUUGUCAGAAGGUGGAAUGAUAAGGAGUUUAUAUCAAUGACCAUUCUGAUCCCAGUGAACUGUGUACUUUGGGGGUGUCUUCUUUGUUCACUCUUUCCUGUAUUCCACGGCCUCCUCUUUUUUGGUCCACUCUCCUGAAGCAUCUAUGCACUACCUUGAACUAAUCUUUGAAGCAUCUGUGCUUAGCUGCCUCUAAUGGGUGGCAAGGGAUUCUUGGUUCAAUAACGACUCAUUUGGGGGCAUGACUGAAGAAGUAAAGCUUUCCCUGGCCAUUUAAAGAUAUUUGUAAAAGUUGUACCUGGGUCAUCAGUCCUCUGUAACCUUGAUCCUUUUGCCUUACUCUUUGGAUGAGACCAAAUGAGAAAAAGGUUAAGUGGACAUCUUUUUUUUUUAUUAUUAUUGUUAUUUUUUUGUGUGGUACGUGGGCCUCUCACAGCUGUGGCCUCUCCCGUUGCGGAGCACAGGCUCUGGACGC